GCUGUGUUUGGUGCCUGCUUGGGCCGCUGCGCUUCUUGGCGUUUCCAAGCGGUUCGAGGCCUUUCGCGAUGGAGGAUCAAGAGCUAGAGGCGAUCCGGCGCCAGAGACUGGCCGAGCUGCGAGCUCAGCGCGGGGAUGCACCAGAUGAUCAGCAAAGCCAGCAAGAGGCAAAACAACGGGAGUCAGAAAUGAGGAACAGUAUUCUUGCUCAGGUUUUAGAUCAGUCUGCUCGUGCCAGAUUGAGUAAUUUGGCUCUCGUAAAGCCUGAGAAGGCCAAGUCGGUGGAGAAUUACUUGAUACAGAUGGCAAAAUUUGGGCAGCUUGGUGGAAAAAUUUCUGAAUCGGGCUUAAUCGAAAUCCUUGAAAAAGUUAACCAACAAAUGGGAAAGCAAACGAUGGUGAAGUUCAACAGAAGAAAAGUAAUGGAUUCUGAUGAAGAGGACGAUUACUGAAUUCUGAGCAAGAGUCUAAUUUAUAAAUAAUGAGGGGAAUUGAAGCUAGAGCAUUGUAUCGACAGAGGAUGGACAGAUUUAUGUUUUUUCCCCCUUGUUUGCAGGAAGAAUUCUUUUAUAGUUUUGUAUUGCAUGACAAUGUGGUGGUUCUAAAUGCAGUUUGUAUUGAAUGAAUGGGAAGCUCAAUGGUUAUUUGUGGAGAUGUGCUUCGAGAUGGAAUUUUUAAAAAGACUUGGAGAACUCUUAACCAAUUUGAUUUAAACUACAUUGUGGAAUAUCAGAAAAAAAGUUGACUCCUAAGAUGUGGAUAUUAUACAAAAAAAAGUGGUUUACAAAUUAUUUUGCACACCUGUAUAAUGGGUUUUGUCUAAUGUUAGUUUUCCAUGUUAAUCCCAGGUUGCUGAGCAGCAUGUGUGGGAAGUGGGAAAGUGCCUGCAGAAAAGAUGUAAUACACACAAAAUGCUGGAGGAACUCAGCAGGUCAGGCAGCAUCUAUGGAGGGAAUUACAUUAUGUUCUCUCUCUAGAAUAUUGCUCCCUUGCAUCCUUAAGUUACCCUUCAAUACCUUUUGAUUUUGCAAAUGAUGGUAUUCAAAGAGAACCUAGGAAUGAAUCUUCCAUUACAACAUUCUUCACGGCCUUUCCAACCAUCUCUUAAGUGAACAGAUCAAGUAACAAAAGAAAAAGGGAGGAGUAGGUCACCUGAGCCUGUUCUGUCAUGGCUGAAUUUCCACAGAAAUGUCGUUUGAGCACAAUAACAAAUCCUCCCUCCAUAAAUGCUGCCUGACCCGCUGAGUUCCUCCAGCAUUUUGUGUAUUGCUCUAGAUUCCAGCAUGUGUGGAAUCUCUUGCAUUUCUGCAGAAAAGAUGCUUUCUUAUUCCCCGCCCCCCAAACUAUUGGCCAUGGUGUGCUUCUCGCUGUGAAUGCAAGAUUAAACAUUUUUGAUUAGAGUUUAUAACAUGCCAAAUAAUUGUAAGUUCAAUUUGAAGAAAUAUUAUUACCUUGCUUGUUUCUUUCAGAAAAAAGCCACCCCUAAAGUUAGUCCAAGCCUCAUUGCCAGUAAUAAAGAUGUACUUCAAUUACA